AUGGUGUUAGGAAUGAUAAAUGAGAUUCAACAAUAUCUCGAUGCAAGGUAUAUUGGACCUCCAGAAGCUGCUUGGCGAAUAUUUGGUCAUCCUUUGCAUGCAAAGAUGCCAACAGUUAUACGAUUGGCACUUCAUUUACCUGGAAUACAUCGCGUUGUUUUUAACCCAGAAGAGUCAUUAGAAACGAUUCAAUCUAGAGUUGGUCAACAAAUGUCAACUCUUACUGGCUUCUUUGCAUAUUGUGCUAGCAGUGAAGAUGAAUGUCCAUUCACUUAUCAAGAAUUUCCACAACAUUAUAGUGAGGCACAACAGACAGAUUCACAAAUUUCUAUUGAUUGUCUCAACAAUGGACAGCGGAAUGCUUAUAACAUAAUCACUUCUUCAGUUUUUCAAAAUAAAGGAGUUGUUUUCUUUCUGAAUGGGGGUGCUGGAACAGGGAAAACAUUUUUGUACAAUACGAUAACAUUAAAAUGUCGCAACCUUGGGCAUAUUGUUAUUACUGUGGCUUCAUCUGGAAUUGCAUCAUUGUUACUGGUCAGAGGUCGCACUGCACAUUCAACAUUUUCUAUCCCAUUAGAUGUGUUGGGAAAUUCAAAUUGUGGGCUUAGUAAACAAUCAUUACAAGCUGAGUUAUUUAGAGAAACAAAACUCAUAAUUUGGGAUGAAGUUCCGAUGCAACAUAGACAUUGUGUUGAGGCGGUUGAUCGUACAUUGAGGGAUAUUUGUGAUAGUGACAAGCCAUUUGGGGGUAUUACUGUUGUUCUUGGCGGAGACUUUCGACAAAUCUUACCAGUUAUACCCAAAGGAAUUCGUGAGCAAAUUGUGAAUGCAUCAUUAAGACACUCUGUUCUAUGGAAGCAUAUACAUAUCUUAACUUUGGAUUUGAAUAUGCGCUUGAAUCAUGAAGACCGUGAAAAUGCUAAUUUUGCAAAUUUUUUUAUGGAGAUAACACUACUAUAA